AAUGCGGAGGCAAACGCAGUUGAACGAAGACGAACCGAUCGUAUUGAGGAGAUCGGAAAACUUCUCGACAGUGUCCGGCAAGAAAUCAUCUCCUCCAGCAGUGCGCUUCAGGACUGUAAAGCACCUCAAAAGAACGCGCCAGCCAGUGCUCGCUCGGAGUCGUAUUUUGAGGACAGUCGUUCCCUCCUCAUCUCAUGCCAGAAACAGCAGGCUCUGAUGGAGGAGCUAUCUCUGCUGAAUCGAGGCUCACCGGUCCUUGUACCACCAAUGCGUGGAGAGCCACUGAGAGCACGUUUCCGCCUCAAUGGUAUCCGACUUGCACUCAAGCCUGAGGCUCCCUACAGUCAGACGGGUGGCUUUGCCAUUGUUGGUCAAGGCUCCGUUGGAACCUCGACGCCCUACGACAGUCCGGUCGGUGGAAGACGACCUGUCAAGUACCAUCUAAUAGCGAUUCUCAAGUGUGUUGGCGAGGGUCGUAUUUACCAUACAGACACGAUAACCUUGAUGCGCGUUUGUGACCUCCCCGUGGGCUAUGCACGAGCGGCACCUUUGAUCGAUCUUCCUGCUAAUAUUGAGUUCAUGCGAGUCCUAUACCGUGAUUGGGUCACUUUCAAGUUGAGCACCACUCGCGUUUAG